CUCUCAUUAGUUAAUUAGUGUUGACAACAAUUGAACACACUCACAAAUAGUUAAUUGUUCAAGUUAAUUGUUCACUUCAAACCUACUCAUCAAACCAAUUAAAUUCCCAAUUUUUUCCUAAUUAACCACAAAGAUGAACAUUAAAAUUAAUUUACCUGUUUCAUUUAAAUAUCAAAUUAAUCAACAAAUGAUCAACUCAUUAAACAUUUUAUUGUGAACCAGUUAAUUUGUUAACCAAUAAACAAUCAAAUUGAAACUUGUUGUAUGUUUCAAUUAUUUUAAAUUGUGACAAUUUAAAACACAAACAAUCAAAAUGAUUAAAUUGUCAAUGGUACAAAUGUUGAUUAACUUAACUUUCGUUAAAGUAAUUACCCAAGUGAUGAUCAAUAUCGUUUUGUUAUUUGCAUCACCAGUUUUACCAGUGAUUGAAAGUUUUGAAUCAUUACAAUUAACCCAAUCAUUAACUGACAACCAACAAUCAUACAAUGAGAUAAUAAUGAUUAGUAAAUCAUCAUGGAAAAUUCAUCAAUUAAAACCUUUAUCAGCAAUUAAAUCAACGAUUAAUUCAAAACGACCUAAACAACAACAUGUUGAUACUUAUCUCAAACUGUCAACCAGAAAACAAUCAGCUGAUGAUCAAUCAACAAUAACAACAAAAGCCUCAGGUGAAAUGUUACCAAGUUCACCAGGUAACAAUAGUCUUCAUGGUAACGUCUUAAUUAAUCAAUCAACUGUUUUUCUCGGUGGUUCUUGUAAUCCAACAACAUGGAGGAAAGAUAUUGCAAUACCGAUGUUAAAAGCUUUAAAUAUAACUUAUUAUGAUCCGCAAAAGGAUCAUUGGGAACCUGAGUUGAUUGAAUUAGAGGAUAAAGCAAAAAAGAAUUCUCAAGUUCUAUUUUUCGUAAUCGAUAAUCAAACCCGAUCAAUUGCUUCCAUGAUUGAAGUUAGUUUCAUUGCCGCAACCACCAAGAAAUUAGUACUUGUUAUCGAUUUGUUUCCAAGUUUAGAGCCAAUAAUUAACGGGGAACCAAUAUCACAAUAUGAACAUGAUAUCCUAAAGGGUGGACGUAAAUUGCUAAUGAAAUUAGUUGAACGCAAGGGGAUGCCAGUGUUCAAUCAAAUACCUGCAGCGCUUAAUUAUAUUCCCAUAAUGAUUUCUCGUAAUCAAACAAUUAAAUCAAAAAUUAAAGGUUGUAACAGUAAAAGUAUUGAUAUUGUUAAUAAUAAUAACAACAACAAUAACAAUAAUAAUAAUAAUAUCAAUACUGAUGAUAAUGGUGGUGGUGUUGAGGUAGAUUUAGUUGCAUGUUCAACUGACCAAGGGUCAAAUGUCCAGGGUGAUAAAUUACCGUUAUCUGCUCAUCAUAUACUUACCAAUAUCCUUUCACCUUAUGAACUGAUGAAGGUCAAGGAAGUUUAUGAUUCUUGUUGCGAUAUGUAUACAGGAUGUUUAUCAUUACUUGACACUAAAUUAGCUUACCUAAUGUUGACCGGAAACGAUUUGGAUGAUAACUUGAUCAAUAACCUAAUUGAAAUUAACUUACCAACAAAUUUACCAACAACCAAUAACAAUUUAACAAUUAAUACUUCUGAUAACAUUACCAAAGAAAAUUAUUCUUCUAAUCAAUUUAAUACUACAAUUAAUAAUAAUAAUCUUAACCAUCAACAUCAUAAUAAUCAUAUUCAUCAACAACAAAAUCAUAUUCAUAAUCAACAUCAAUCAACAACUACAACAACAACAACAAACCUGAUUACCUCAAUCACACCAAAUCAUCAACAACAAUCAAUUGAUUCAAAUCAUUCUAAUCAUCAUCAUCAUCAUCACCUUAAUCAUCAUUCUCAUUCUCAUCAUCAUCAACACCUUAAUGAUACAAAUGAUAAACAGCAAACUCAUCAUCAUCUUCAUCACCAUCAUCAUCACCAACUAAAUAACAAUCACCAUUUUAAUAACAACAAUUCGGACACAACUACAAUUAACUUUAAACAAUUUUGCUCCUUAAUUCUUGAUUAUCUAAAAUCAAACAAUUUACUAUCCAAAUCAAGUUCCAAUUCAACUGAGGGUUCAUCUCACUUUGUAAACAUCAACCCACCACCAACCACCUCACCGACCUUGUCACCCACCGUUAAUUUUUUGACUUCUCUAGUCAAUUGCCCUCAAUUAGAUGAUAAGUGUGACAAUUGUGAUGAAAUUGAUAGUCAACGGGAACCACAACAAUUAAAGGAUUCACUUAAUAACAAUUUAACUGAUUCUCAAAGGAUUAAGACUGCUGAUAUUUAUCUUGGUGGAUCUGAUAAUCCAAAAGGCUGGAGGUCCAGUAUUGCCAUUCCUUUAAUAGACCAAUCUAAUUUAACUUAUUCCAUGCCAAAUAUUAAUCGUUGGGAUACAACGGGAAAUGAUUUAACUAAACUUGAAAGUUGUCAAGUUUUACUUUUUGUAAUUGGUGGACAAAGACCUGAAUUGGAAACUAUGAUUCUGGCUACUCAUUAUUUUGGUCAGAAAUUCAAAGUUGUCCUUUGUGUCCAACCAAUGCCAUUGGAAAGUGUUGCUCAAGAUAAUCAGAUUUCAAUGGCAGCAAUUGAUGAUUACAAUCGAGGGCGAGCUUAUUUAUCUGAAAUCGCUCGCAAGGAAAACAUUGAGGUUUUCGAGGAUCUCGAGGAAGCGGUUAAAUGUGCCAUUAAAUCAGCUAAAUCAUCAGCUAAUUAGCAACUUAAUCAUUGUCAACAAUUAAACUCAAUUGUUCUACCUUAAAAUUAACCACAAUCUCUCAAAAAUCAAUUGUUAAUUGUUACCAUUGAUUGAGUUGCUGUUUUUGUUUUGUUCUGUUUUUGAUAAAUCAUAUAAAUCUAUUUAAUUAUCUAUGUUAAUUUAAUCAUCAUCAUGUUCAUUAUCUUGCUGCUUAAUUACAAUAAUAACCAAUUAAUGAUUAUAAUAAAAAAGUUGAUCAUUUUUUUCCUACUCAA